CCCUUUCCCCCUCCUCCGGCGCUGAGGCGCGCUUCGCCCUCCCUUCCCCUCGCUCGCUCUCUCGCUCCCUCCCUCCUUUCCUCCUUCGCUCCGCCUGGGAAAGUGGGUUAGGAAGGGAGCCGAGCGCUCAGAGACUGCUCAGCCGCUCGCCCGAGCAGGAGCAUCCGCGCGCCGGGGAGGAGAGAGGAGAGAGGAGGAGGAGGCAGGCAAAAGUCCCAGCCCUUCGCCUUCGGGGGGCUCGCUUGCCCUUUCGAAGCUCUUUUGGACUGCUUGAUUUGUUUGUUUUCGUCUCUCUCUCUCUCUCCGCCGGCCCCCUUUCCUCCGGGCUCGCUCCCCCCGCACCUUCUUUAUUUUCGUGAAUCAAUCCUCUCUCUCUCUCCCGCUUUCUUCAUUUUGAUCCCAGCCCGGGUUGCUUUUGGGGAAGUCUGGAGAGGUGAAAGAGGAAAGAAGAAAGACUUUCUGUUAAGAAACGCAUCGAGGAAAAGAGAGAGAGAGAGAAGCAGCGGCAAAAAGAAGAGGGAAAGGAGAACCAAUUGGGGGAAGCCAGAGCGAGAUCUGCCCAGCUGAAAAGGCAGAGUUGCGCGUUUUUCGGUGGCUUCUCGGAUAUUUCCUCUCGCUGGCUGCCCCCUCUUCCUCCUCCUGCUCCUGCUGCUCCUCGUCCCCUCUCCGGGGGUAAAGGCAUCCUCCUCCGAGCACCCAGAUAAAUAAAGGCAGAAAGAGAGCGGGAGGAACUCCAUCCUUUGCAACUCUCCAGCCAUGGUAGGAAGGGCUCAGCCCGAUCGGAGACAAUUCCCGCUGGUCCUACUGAGAUUGCUCUGCCUUCUCCCCACAGGGCUGCCGGUCCGCAGCGUGGAUUAUAACCGAGGCACCGACAACAUCACGGUGAGGCAGGGGGACACAGCCAUCCUCAGGUGUUUUAUAGAAGACAAAAGCUCCAAGGUGGCCUGGUUAAAUCGUUCCGGCAUCAUUUUUGCUGGACAAGACAAGUGGUCCCUGGACCCCCGAGUAGAGCUCCAACAACUUUCUCUUCUGGAAUACAGCCUCCGGAUUCAGAAAGUGGAUGUCUAUGAUGAGGGAUCAUACACAUGCUCAGUGCAAACACUGCAUCAUCCCAAGACUUCACAGGUUUAUUUGAUCGUUCAAGUUCCACCAAAGAUCUCCAACAUCUCAUCAGAUGUCACUGUGAAUGAAGGCAGUAACGUGACCCUGGUGUGUAUGGCAAAUGGGCGCCCCGAACCUGUUAUCACUUGGAGACACCUCACCCCUACAGGCAGGGAAUUUGAAGGUGAGGAAGAGUUCCUGGAGAUUCUGGGGAUUACCCGGGAACAGUCGGGCAAGUAUGAGUGCAAAGCUGCAAAUGAGGUGUCUACAGCAGAUGUCAAGCAAGUCCGAGUCACUGUGAAUUACCCUCCAACUAUCACGGAAUCCAAGAGCAAUGAAUCUGCUACCGGACGACCAGUUUCACUUAAGUGUGCAGCCUCUGCUGUUCCUACACCUGAUUUUGAGUGGUACAGAGAUGACACUAGGAUAAAUAAUGCCAAUGGUCUGGAGAUCAGGAGCACAGGGAGCCAAUCUUUCCUAACAGUGGCCAACGUCACUGAAGAACAUUAUGGCAACUACACCUGUGUGGCUACCAACAAACUGGGAAUCACAAAUGCUAGCCUAUUUCUCUACAAGAAAAUAUUACCCACACUCCCCAAUCCUUUUCCAGGACCUGGUACAGGGAUAGCAGGCAAUGGAUCAAUGUGUCUGGCCGUACCACUGUGGCUCUUGGCAGCUUCCGUGCUCUGCCUACUCAGCAAAUGUUAAUAACAUCCGAAUUUUAAAAAAAGGAAAAAAAAUAUUAAAAACCCAGCAACAACAAGAACAACAACACACAAAGCAAAACAAAAAUAUGUGUCAUACAGGAGACAGAGCAAGAGAGAGAGCGAGAGAGAGAGAGAGAGAACGGGGGAAAGGACAGUUUCUUUCACAAUUUUAUGUGUGUACCGCAACAAAGGGGGAAAAUUUCAGUGAAGAAGAUUCAGCAACAUUUAUUCCAACAAACUGUCAAGUCACUGACCACCCAGGAGUAAGGAAGCCUAGAUGGAUCACUCUGUGGAGACUGGAUCCUGCCAAGGAUGCCAAGAUGCUGUAAAAAAGAAAUAUCAACAAUGAAAUUAUUGUUAUUCUCUUCAUUCCCUCAUAUCAUUCCUUCCUUCCUUCCUUCCUUCCUUCCUUCCUUCCUUCCUGGAAAGAGAUGGCCUUUGCUUUGGUGUUGAUAGUCACAACAUUUUGAUUGGCAUGCUUAUUUCUUAAAUUGAUACUUAACCUUUUCAGAUUUCCGGCAAACAGUGAUGCAAAUUUCUGUAGCUACUGGUGUCCCAUGAAGAAACUCCAUGUGGUCCUUUGUUUGCUGCUUCCCCUAUUGAGCUCUCCCAUAUUUUCCUUUGUACCUGAAGCCCACAAUGUUUUGAUUAUGCCGAAACAUACCAACAUUACUCAUCUGCCCUCUUGUUCUUAACAGGCCUCGCUUUCUCUCAUAAGUGUGUAUGUGUUCACAGAUGGGCAGGCAUGGGUGUAUCUGUGUGCGUGUCUCUCUCUCAAAAGCAUGCAAAGGGGGCAGCCCCUGUGUACAUAAGCUCAUCAUGCUGUAGAUAAUGGCUUGCUGUGUACAUGAGUUCAAACAUUAGCUUGGAUGUGAACGCAGGGGAGCAAGGACAUUAGCAAAGUCUUCCCCAGCAAAAUUUUGCCUCAACUUCUUUUUGUGAUCCCAGUUUUGAGGAGCUGAUCCUUAGCCUUCUCCUGUUCUCCAGCUGAAUUCAUCAUGGUAGCUUUCAAAUGGAACGUAUAUAUUGUCCCUGUUUAACUCUUCAGUUUGCUUUUAUCAGAGCAGGACUGGCGAGCCUCCAAGGGCAUAGAUAGCCAAGUCCCAAAAAGGGUGCUGAAUGAAUUAUAUGAAGAUUUGAGGGUGUCAAAGUCUGGAAUGAGAGAAGGUUGAAUGAGAUUAGAUCUAUUACAUCUCACAAUGUGGACAAAUGUUUGGUAAAUUUCUUGUAACUGCACAGCCCAUUGUCUAGAGCGCUUGUUCUGUCCACUGCCCUCAGGCAAGGCAAUAUCAGGAUCUGCUGAGUGGCUUGGUCAAGGCCAAGCAGGCUCUGUGCAUAAAAGACCAGUGGUCUGGAGUCAAAGAAAUGAGGGAAAUCAACAGAAUCCAGCUGGUUCAUCAGAAGGUCCAGGAAGCCAGAGACAUUAACUUCGGGACAAAGAAAAAAAUUCCUGAAGAAAGGCUGCUGCAGCCUGCAGAUCAGAGUUUCCCAAAUUAUGGUCUCCAGCUGCUGUUGGACUACAACUCCCAUUAUCCCUAGCUAGCAGAACCAGUGGUCAGGGUUGAUGGGAACUGUAGUCUGAAAACAGCUAGAGAUCCAAGUUUGGGAAACCCUGCUGUAGGUGCAAAUUAUAUUGCACCAGCCACUGCUACUUACAGCAUGUGUAGCUUGGCUACACAAAGCCCUAGCAUUGCUCUAUGCCUUGGUCUUUAUCCUCUAGCCUUUUUGCUAUGCUUAACUUGCACUGGUGGGCAUCUUUUCUGUGUGUGGACUGAAAUAGGCAGGGUCAAAGUCAGGUGACCCUGGUAACUGGGAGAUCUCAGACUUCAUAGGAUGACUAGAGGAAAGCAAAAAAAAACCAAUAGAGUGACCCCUCUCCAUUAGGGAUUUUAUCUCACAAUGGUUCUAAAAUUAUUAAUUUUGUGGUUAGUAACCAUGAUGACCCCUGAGCCUGAUCAGCUUUCCAUUCUCUUUUCCUCUGAAAUCUCAGGAAGGUGCACUGUACUCAACACUCAGCAGUACAUAGCCAUUCUAUAAAGCCAACUUUCUUAUGACUAUGGUAAAAACAAAUAGAAAUCUGCCAGAAAGUAUUUCUGUUACUAUCAUCAUUUUGACUUUAUACCCUUCAAAUAACCAGAAAUACACUUACAAAGUUUCUAUGGUUUGAAACUUAGGUAAGCCAUCUCCCAAAACCUGAGCAGAGGUCUCCUUGCAAAAGGAAGUUUGAAAAAGGUUUGACAGGCAACUACUAUCCACUUGAUUGUUUUAGUGUAAACUUUUUCUCUUUUAUUUUUUACUGUGCUUGGCUUUUGGCAUUCCUACCACAGAAGUAAUCCAAGUGCAGGAGAUUAAUUGGACGCUCAUUAUAAAUUGCAGAUGGAGAUGGAGAAGAGAUUGUGUGUCUCAAGCCAGAUCACUAAGAGGGGUCUGUGCAUCCCUGGCGUGAGUUGGAACCUUAUCUUUCAGUAAUUGAGUCACCUUUGUUUAUUUCAGUACUUUACUUGCACUGGUUUGUCAUUGAAAAUUGGGCAGAUAUGAAACUAAUAGUUGCCUGUAAUUCCCAUUCCUGAUGCCAAAUAUCUCAGAAAGGGCAAUCUGAACUACUUAUGAAUUCCUGGCCCAAAGAGGCUGCCUGUAAUUUUUAGAAAUUGCAAGUGUAACUGGCAGCAGGAAUAUAACAUGAAUAUAAUAUGCCCAUGUCAUGCGUUGAUUAAAGGAAAACGAGUGUCCUUCA